AUGCCUCCCUCUGUCAGGACCUGAGCCACACAUCUUCUGACAGAGAUCGCAGCCGAAUAAACGAUGCAGUUGGAGGUGUUUUCUAAAUUAUUUCAAAUACUUGUUUGACGCGUAUCGGGACUGAUUACGCACUGGGCACAUUAAAACGUACAUGUGCCCCUUUUCUUUCAAUGAAUUCGCUAACGAUUACAUGAUUUGCCUGUGGCGCUCGACACAAAGCAGGAAGCCAAGCUCUCGAGGACAAUUUCUCACAGCAUCAAAGGGAGAAAAUAGGCAAGGAUCGAAUCUCCCUGGCUGUGUCUUUGACCUGAUCAUAGGAACUCCGUUAGACAGUAAAUGAAGUUAACUGUGGUAAAAAGAAGACAAGGCGAACUAUCUAUCGAGCAGCCGGGGCUCUUUUUUAUCACCAGAUUAACAUUGAUGUGUAUGCUCGUGUGUCUGUGUGCGCCCGCGCUUGUUCCGCCGUUAAGUUUCAUGUGCACGGCUCCGGUUUCUCAUUCUGGUGAGGCAGAAAGGGCGAGGAGGGAAGUUGGUCAAUGCGAGGACCGAGGAGGUAUUUUCCUGUGCGUGAAUAGCUCGGAGUGGGCUCGCUUGAAAACGGGCAGACCUUUCUUCCCCUUUUAAAGGGAGCGGGAGGGGGCUUCAUAGGUUGGUCUUCGUCUUGCUGUAAUCAAACCAAUCAGAGAGCCCUGUGAGACCCGGGAGUCGGCAGCCUGCUGGAGCGACCCGCACUGAAAAAAAGAGAAGAAAGCGGUUGCAAUUUAGGGGGUGUAUCCCUCGCUUUAGACACUGUUAUGGCAAUGCCCGUCGCCAGAUGUUUGUCUUACUAGCUCGUGUCUUGUCAGACUUGAGGUUGAGCAGAACGCCCGGGUUACAGCGCGAGGGGUGUUUCGCUUAUCUCCACCGCUCUACUCAAAGAAAACGUUGCUUAUUGUAUUCUCAAGCUCUCUCCCUCUUCUCCAAACAGCGAAGGAUUACACGUGUUUGGUCAUCUUUUCAGAAAACGGAGUUGGAGCAGCAAUUGGAGCGUUCUUCAUAUUUUGUUCUUUUACCGGGCUCGACUUCUCUUCAAGGAAAUGGCAAGGCCAGUGUUUGAGAGAGGAACACGGCUGGAAAAGGAGAGGGGAAACCAGAACUAAGGGACAGGAUGCAGACAACCUAAAAUACAGAAAAGACCAGUUUCUUCAACGCAAUCAUAUUUUCCAUUACUAUUAUUUUGUUUCCUUUUUAUUCGUUUAACCAACGGUGCGCACAGAGGAUUAUAUCGAUCCAAAGAGGAUUUUGUAUUUUUUCCCUGUUUUGUUGUUACUGGAACAUUACAGACCUGGCAAGAAGGAUGCAUUGUGGAUUAGUGUUGACCCUAUUAACUGGAAUCUUUGUCGCCACGGCUCAUAAAAAUGAAGACAGAUGCGGGAAUGACAUCAGGAUCACGUCGGCUGAUUACCUUACGUCGCCCGGAUACCCUAUGGCUUACUUCCCGUCGCAGAAAUGCUUCUGGGUGAUCACGGCUCCGGAACCCAACCAGCGGAUUCUAAUCAAUUUCAACCCACAUUUUGAUCUCGAGGACAGGGAAUGCAAGUAUGACUACGUGGAGGUGCGAGAUGGCGUGGACGAGAGCGGUCAGCUGGUGGGGAAAUACUGUGGCAAGAUCGCCCCCUCCCCUGUGGUAUCCAGCGGCAACCAGCUCUACAUCAAGUUCGUCUCCGACUACGAAACGCACGGCGCCGGCUUCUCCAUUCGUUACGAGAUCUUCAAAACAGGUCCCGAGUGCUCCCGUAACUUCACCUCCAGCAGUGGGGUGAUCAAGUCCCCCGGGUACCCGGAGAAGUACCCCAACCAGCUGGACUGCACCUUCAUGGUCUUCGCGCCCAAGAUGGCCGAGAUCGUGCUGGAGUUCGAGAGCUUCGAGCUGGAGCCCGACCCCAACCCGCCCGCCGGGGUGCACUGCCGCUACGACCGCCUCGAGAUCUGGGACGGCUUCCCUGGAGUGGGUCCAUAUAUCGGGCGUUUCUGUGGCCAGACGACUCCGGGCCGCAUCAUCUCCUAUACGGGCAUCCUGUCGCUGACCAUCAACACAGACAGUGCCAUCGCCAAGGAGGGCUUCUCCGCCAACUUCACCGUGCUCGAACGCACCGUGCCCGAAGAUUUCGACUGCAUGGAGGCUUUGGGGAUGGAAUCGGGAGAGAUUCCGUCGGAACACAUCGUCGCCACCUCCCAGUAUUCCAUGAGCUGGUCGCCGGAACGUUCUAGACUCAACAACGGCGAGAACGCCUGGACGCCAGCUGAGGAUACCGUGAAGGAGUGGAUUCAGGUUGACCUUGGCUUCCUGCGCUUCAUCUCUGCGAUCGGGACCCAGGGUGCCAUCUCCCAGGAGACCAUGAAGACCUACUACGUGCGCUCCUACAAGGUGGAGGUCAGCUCCAACGGAGAGGACUGGAUCACGCUCAAGGAGGGCUCCAAGCAGAAGAUCUUCCUGGGCAACACCAACCCUACUGACGUGGUGAAGAGCCCGCUCCCCAAGCGAACGCUGGCGCGCUACGUCCGCAUACGGCCGUACACCUGGGAGAACGGCAUCGCCAUGCGCUUCGAGAUCUACGGCUGCAAGAUCUCAGAGUACCCGUGUAUGGGCAUGUUGGGCUUGGUGUCUGGCCUGAUUGCGGACUCCCAGAUCGCCGCCUCCUCCCACACCGAUCGCAGCUGGGUGCCCGAGAACGCCCGCCUGCUGACCAGCCGCUCCGGGUGGAUGCUGGCCCCACAGCCUCAGCCCUUUACCGACGAGUGGCUACAGGUGGACCUGGGAGAGGAGAAGCUGGUGCGGGGCCUGAUCAUCCAGGGCGGUAAGCACCGGGAGAACAAGGUCUUCAUGAAGAAGUUCCGUCUGGGCUACAGCAACAACGGCUCCGAGUACCGGAUGAUCAUGGACGCCACCGGCACCAAGGCCAAGAUCUUCGAGGGGAACAUGAACUACGAUACGCCGGUGCUGCGGGUGGUGGAGCCCAUGUUGACGCGUUACGUGCGGGUGUACCCGGACAGGGCCACGCCUGCUGGGCUGGGACUCAGGAUGGAGCUCUUGGGAUGCCAGAUCGAAGCUCCGACUGCCCUACCCACAACCCCGGCCCCCAGUACCGUGGCUCCUACUACCACCCCCUCGUCUUCAGACGACUGUGACGGUGACCAGGCCAACUGCCACAGUGGAACAGGAGUAAGCGUCAUGCCAGAAAUCACUACAACAAUUACCGAAGUGGAAACCGUGGCGGAGGAGGAGCAAGGUUACACUUGGUUCGCCUGUGACUUUGGGUUCCACGAGCCGACGUUCUGUCGCUGGAAUUUGGAAGACAAUGACGUUCAGUGGGCCAUUCAGACCAGUGGGACACCGACACUCAACACUGGACCCAAGAUGGACCACAAAGGCGACUCCGGGAACUUCAUCAUCCUGUCGCCGGACGUGCAGGAGGCGGAGGUGGCGCGCAUCGUGAGCCCGGAGGUGGCGUCGCAGGGCUCGGACCUGUGCCUGUCCUUCUGGUACCACAUGGUGGGCUCGCACAUCGGCACGCUGCACAUCAAGCAGCGCAAGCACGGCGCCAAGGCCACCACCGACAUCCUGCUCUGGACCGUCAGCGGUCACCAGGGCAACCGGUGGAGGGAGGGACGCGUGCUGGUGCCGCACUCCAGCAAACCCUAUCAGGUGGUGAUUGAAGCUGCCGUGGAGAGGCGGAGCUAUGGCAACAUCGCCGUGGACGACAUCAAGAUUCUAGACAAUCUCAACCUCGCCGACUGCAAAGAUCCUGCUGUCUCAACUGAACCCAUGCUGCCUGACGAAAUCCCCAACAUCAUUGAGGAGAUGACGGACUUCCCGCGCAUGGUGGAGAGCAGCGAGAUCGGCGGCGGCGGCAACAUGCUGAAGACGUUGGACCCCAUCCUCAUCACCAUCAUCGCCAUGUCGGCGCUGGGCGUGUUCCUGGGCGCCAUCUGUGGCGUGGUGCUGUACUGCGCCUGCUCGCACGGCGGCAUGGCCGACCGGAACUUAUCCGCCCUGGAGAACUACAACUUCGAACUGGUGGACGGCGUGAAGCUGAAGAAGGACAAGCUCAACACACAGAACUCCUACUCAGAGGCGUGAGCGGAGCGGCCGGGAGCCAGGAAACAGGAGCUGGAGCUGCCCGGAAGCACGCUCGUACGCCUAGCGUCAAGUGUCUGUUUUUUGUGUGCAUUUGUUCGAACACGUGACAUGAAAGAAGGAGGAGGAGGAGAGAGUGAGCGUGUGACAUGACCCCCUGCAAAAAAACAAAAACAAAAACAAAACAAAAGAGAGAUGAAUAAUUAUGAAACAGGCCGGGCUACAUGGACUGCCAAGGCUCCCUGAUUGGUCAGGGACAGCAAGGCUCUGGAGACGAUGCGGGGAAUCUGAUUGGAGGAUGAGACUGAGCCAUGCUUUACUCAGGAGCUGCAGUGAAAGCAACCCGCCACUAGGGGACACUGUGUAGAAAAUAUGAAAAAAAAAACAUCAACAACAAAAAAAUAUGUACAGAUGAUCGAGAUUAUUAUUUUAAUUUUAUUAAUUUUUAUGAUUAAUAUUAUUUUUUCUUUUUUUUCCUUUUUUACAAUCAGAUGCUGGUGUUGAGACCAAUAUCAUGUUUAAAGUAUUUAUCGUUUUCUCUGAGAAUAAAACGAAAAAAAGUCUUUAUUUUCAGAAUGUUUUUCUUUUUCAUUUCGGUUUUUGUGUUGAAAACCCAAAAUGAACCAUGAUGUGUGAGAAAAAGGGUUUUAUCAUCUGGGAAUCUCAAAUCGGAAAGUAGAAUGUUCUGAUUCUUUGAGGAAAACAAAACAAAACAAAACAGAACA